AUGUCAGCUAGCGCAAACAGAGAAAGCUUUAAAAGCUUAAAUUCUGAAGAAAUUCCCACCAAAACUGACGAAAGCUCUGAACCUACCAAUAUCGUAACAUUAAAAAAACAACUAGGCCUUGGUAAUGGUAUAGGAAUCAUCGUUGGUGUCAUAGUAGGUUCAGGCAUAUUUGUUUCCCCAAAAGGUGUUUUGUUAAAUGCUGGCUCUGUUGGCUUGUCAUUAAUUAUAUGGAUGUCCACCGGUUUGCUAUCAUUGUGCGGUGCCCUAUGUUAUGCAGAACUAGGAACUUCCAUACCUAAAUCUGGAGGGGAAUUUGCUUAUUUAAAUGAAGCUUUUGGACCUUUAGCAGCUUUUUUGUAUUUGUGGGUAGCUUUAUUUAUUAUAAUGCCUACUGGCAAUGCUAUUAUUGGUCUUACUUUUGCAGAAUACAUAUUGCAACCUUUCUAUGCUAAUUGUGAAGCCCCAGAGCAUGCUGUCAAAUUGAUUGCAGUUGCUGUUAUAUUAUUUCUUACCUUUGUGAACUGUUACAAUGUAAAGUGGGCAACAUGUUUACAAGAUUGUUUCGCUUUUGCAAAGAUCAUUGCUCUCGUGAUCAUCAUUAGUGCUGGUAUUGGAUAUUUAAUUUUCGGAAGUGCAGAAAAUCUUUCCAAGCCUUUUGCUGAGUCAUCAUGGAAUUUUGCUGAUAUUUCCUUGGCUUUCUAUUCUGGAAUGUUUUCUUUUUCUGGCUGGAAUUCCUUAAAUUUUGUGACAGAAGAGUUGAAACAUCCUACAAGAGAUCUUCCAAGAGCUAUUUACAUAUCCCUGCCAUUGGUCUCCUUCAUUUACUUUCUGACAAAUGUAGCUUAUUUUUCAGUACUGACUAGAUCAGAAAUUCUGGCUUCCAAUGCUGUUGCUGGGGCAUUUGGAGAUAAAAUUUUAGGAAUGAUGGCUUGGGUAAUGCCUUUAUGUGUAGCAAUGUCUACUUUUGGAGGAUUGAAUGGAGGUAUAUUUUCUUCUGCAAGAUUGUUCUUUGUUGGGGCUCGUCAAGGACACUUGCCAAGUAUAGUUUCAAUGAUAAAUAUUAACCACUUGACUCCCUCUCCAAGCUUAAUUUUUUUGUGUCUGAUAACGAUUUUCUACCUAUACAUUGGUAGCAUCUAUGUGUUGAUAAAUUUUACAUCAUUUAUUGAAGCUCUUUUUCUCACCAUGACUACUGGUGCACUGGUUUAUCUUCGUAUUAAAGAUCCACAUAGGCAUAGACCAAUAAAAGUCAAUAUGUUCUUCCCUAUAGCUUUUCUGUUGAUUGGUACACUCUUAGUUGUUCUUCCUUUCUAUAAAAAUGUCGUUGAAACCGGAACAGCUCUUCUAAUCACGAUAUCAGGCAUUCCAUUCUAUUUACUCUUUGUUAGAUCUAAAAGCAAGCCAACUUGGAUAGUUUCUGCUUCUGACUCUACUACAAGGUUGAUUCAAAAACUUUUGGUGUGUUCUCCACAAGAAAAAGUUGUUGAUAGUCCAUCUGAAAGUGUGUUCUUUAGUGACAGCAUCGGUACUGAUAAAGUGGAAUGA